AUGUCCUUUGUGUUUUCGUCCAGCAGGUGGAGACAGGAGCGUUGUGAUCAAAGUAUGGAGGGCUCUGGCUUGCAAGGUGGAGAAGAGCCUUUGGUGGUCCAAAACGCCACGGCCCCUCACAACUAUCCCUUUGCAGACGUCGCCCUGCUGCAGACCUUCAAGCCGCUUAUCAUCCCCUGUUAUGUUCUUGUGCUGCUGGUGGGCGUCUUUGGCAACUACCUUCUGAUCUACGUCAUCUGCCGCUCGAGGAAGAUGCACAACGUCACCAACUUCUUCAUCGGCAAUCUGGCCUUCUCAGACAUGCUGAUGUGCGUGACCUGCGUUCCCUUCACGCUGGCCUACGCCUUCAACCCUCACGGGUGGACGUUUGGGCGCUUCAUGUGCUACCUGGUGUUCCUGAUCCAGCCCGUCACUGUAUACGUGUCCGUUUUCACCCUCACGGCUAUUGCGGUUGACAGGUACUAUGCUACUGUGCACCCUUUGAAGAAGCGAAUCUCAAUGGCGGCCUGCUCUUACGUGCUGUCUGGGAUCUGGCUGCUGUCGUGCGUGCUGGUCGCCCCCGCUGUGGCCCACACGUAUCAUGUGGAGUUCAGAGACGAGGGUCUGACCAUCUGCGAGGAGUUCUGGUUGGGCCAGGAGACGCAGCGACUGGUGUACGCCUACAGCACGCUGCUACUGACCUACAUCCUGCCUUUAUCUGCAGUCUGCGUCUCUUACCUCUGCAUCUCCGUUAAACUCCGCAACUGUGUGGCCCCCGGACACCGAACACGUGACCAGGCCGAGGCCCAGCGGGGGCGCAAGCGGAAGAUCUUCAGGCUGGUGUCUCUCGUUGUGGCAGCGUUCGGAGUCUGCUGGCUGCCCAUCCACGUGUUCAACAUCCUGCGCGACAUCGACAUCCACCUCAUCAACAAGCGUCAUUUUCUGCUGAUCCAGCUGCUGUGUCAUCUCUGUGCCAUGAGCUCGUCCUGCUGCAACCCGUUCUUGUACGCGUGGCUUCACGAUCGUUUCCGCGCAGAGCUGCGCAAGAUGUUCACCUGCCACCGUCGCAUCGGUAUACCGGCCAACCACUGCGCCAUGGCGAGCGUCGUGCUAUGAUGUAACUGUUGGCUUCAGAAAGGCUGAAAACACAUGAAGUGCAAUUUAAGAUCUAUAAAUGGCCCACGAAAUGUACAUAAAAUAAACAUGUGGGUGCAAACAGCUAGAACUGAUUGAAACACUUGUGUAAUUAAGGGACUGCAAAUGCUAACUUAAAUGAUUCAUUAUGUGUAAUUCAUGGAAAUGAUUCAUUGCUAUUUGCUGAAAUAAAACAGAUGAUGGUAACCUUCAUGUUGGGCUAUUCUCAGAGUGCUCAAAGAAUCCCACAAGUGUUACAUGAGGUGGCAUUCGCAACCCAUUUUGUUUCCUGAAUGUGAUGUUUUAUGAGUCAAUAUUGUCCAUCAGGACUGAUUGAAUGGUGAAAAUUGUCUCUAUAUGAAAAGUGGAGAUGUUGGUGACCUUAAUUUAAAAAGGAAAUGUAAGAGUCUGUGCAAGAUAUUCUAUUUUGAGAGUUAUUACAAAAGAAUAUGUUUUACUUGGAAUCACGCAGAAUAAAUCCAGAAACCUGCAUUAAAGAACUUAAGAGGGUGAGUUUUGAUUUCAUGUUAACUCCAUUAAUGACUGUUUUUUGGCAUUUACUUUUCCAUUAGCAGUUUCCUGCUUAUGAAUGAUGGAUCAAGAGGAUGUUGUGAUCAUUCGGUACACUAGAGCUAUAUGAGUGUGUAGUGCAAUAUGUGAAGCCUCACGUGAUAAUCAAAGACGUCAAAGUCUGAUUCAUAAUGAAGGGAAGAGCCUAGGUGCAGGCAUAUGAGUCAAACACACACGCAUAAAAACAGAGAACAAAAAUCAUCUGUACUUUGAGGAGAACGC